AUGAAGGAGUUUAUGGAGGCAUUUCAAGCUAGGGCUGAUGUGGAUGUUGACGGAGAGCAACUUGAUAAGGGUCCUAAGGUUACCUUUUUCCUCAAGGAGAAUCAGCUUGAGUACUUAGACAAGAGUAGGAUUAAGGAUCUUGUGAAGAAGCACUUUGAGUUUAUCAGCUUUCCUAUCUAUUUGUGGACUAAGAGAACGAUUGAGAAGGAGAUUAGUGAUGAAGAGGAUGAUGAACUAUGUCGCUACCCGAUGAGACGGGCACGGUCAUUUGUGAUGGCCAUGGGUUCUUGCAGCUGGGUUACCUUAAGAGAGGGGAUGGGUCUGUUGAGGUGGAGGAUUUAUGGAGACCUAGGGCUGUUUGGUUUGAAGUCUUUGGAAGAGAGAUGGCUGGUCUUGUGCGUUGAGGGGCUGUUGACCCGAGAGAGAAGGGGAUUCGGUUGGAUUUUUGGUGGAGGAUUUAUGGAGACCUGGGGAGUUGUCAGAGCCUGGGGCUGCUGUGUGGGCGGUAGGGGCGGUUUGUGUGGGAUUGGCUACUGCCUGAGCAACAAGGGGAAGCUGUUUGGGCUGCUACAAGGAGGUUGUUCGGGCAGCAAGGAUGCAGCUGGUUGUGUGGGUCUUCAGCCAAGAGAGCAAGGUUUAAGGCAUGGUGAAGCUACUGUUUGGGUUGCUUGGCAGGUAGAUGAUGAGAGGGAGGAUGAAGAUGGCGUGGUGGUGGCUAGAGGGAGGGAGUUAUCGGUGAUGGCUUGGUAUGCGGCUAUCAAUGGGAGGCUUGGUAAUGGAGGAGGAGAUUGGUAG